UACUAGGUAGUAACUGCCCAGGUGAUACAUAAUGCACAGGCCACGCGGGGUUAGAUCAAUACUCUAAAUAAUAAUAAUGACGAAACAAGUUAACUGUAUUAACUUAGGUAACUUUUUGAACGGUCUUCGUUUGGUUCAAGUUUGAUUUCCGUGUGGAAAAAAAGAAAAAAAAAAAGUAGAAAAAUUCAAUCCCGACCAUUAUCAUCACGCGACAAGCCGAGCCUACUUACAUCUAUCAUCCUAUCAUUUCUCGGUAUCUUCGGUAUCAUCCCUACCUACUACCUAUUUUAACCAGGUAUCUCUUAUGAUCUAGGGUAGCCAUCGUACUAGGUAUCCUACUGGGCAUCCUAUCCGCCAACCCCCAACUGGCACAGCACAUGUGCUUAUUCAUUCAUGUGUGAGACCAAGACCCUCGCCCAAGUCCGCUUUCCAGGAUUCGCGCAAAGAUCCGAAAAGAACUUCGUCGAAGCAUCACAAUGUGGCAGAGAGCUUCUCUGCUACAUCACCAACACCAUUCAAUCUGGAUCCCAUAGCCCAUCAUCAAUCUUUGUUCUCCAGCCUUUCCCAGACCCCACGUGAAUCCAGAAAGGAUAAACAUAUUCAUUCCUCUUUUUGGCCUUUGCGAUUUUAUGAUUUGCGACAGACCGUGACUGGCCCUGUCUUCUCCCCAUCCUUACCUCACUUUUCUCUACCUCCCUUUCCCUAUAACAUGUCUUUCCUUGGGAAACCUAUUAUUCCUGCCCCCCCGAGGAUUAUAUCUCCAAGUCCUACCCCUUCCGAGGUUGGAUCUGGAGAUACUUCUCAUGAUUCCUAUCUCGGCCCCAUUACUCGCUCCGCUGCGAGGCGGAGGCAGGCGGACGGCGCCACCUUUCCACAACCUCUCCACCAAAUUCUUGACGAAGAAUCCGAUCCCGAGCUUCGGAGGGCCCGGACCAGAUCUCGAAGCCCCAUAAAGACACGCCGAGUCAAUGGCCCCGCUCCUAUUCAACCUAAUCGCACCUCUAAAUCGAAAACGAGCGAGAACCAUGAUAAGGUGAAGAAGGAGGCCAAGGAGAAUAUUAAGAGCGAUACUUCCAACGGUCAUCUCGCGUUACCAACACCCACCACUUACGGAUGGGACUGGCGCGACUUUAGUCGAAGUCCGAGUCCUCUUGGCCUCAUCCCCAUCCAUAGACAUUUCAAGACCUUUAUCCAUAAGCAUGAAGUUCCAAGAAAGGCCCUGCACGUGUCAAUCGGCUUUCUUGUCUACUGGCUCUAUGUCAGCGGCACUCAAACUUCUUCUGUCACACCGUUCUUGAUGGGAGCCCUCAUCCCUAUUGCGACUACCGACUUUCUGCGCCAUAGGUAUGCCUCGUUAAACCGGCUCUACGUCAGGUGCUUCGGUGCUUUGAUGCGCGAAUCCGAAUAUGCUGGCUGGAACGGAGUCAUCUUCUACUUGCUCGGUGCAUGGUCCGUUCUCUACUACUUCCCGAAGGAUGUUGCGGUAGUAGCCGUCAUGCUCUUGAGCUGGUGUGAUACGGCUGCGAGCACAUUUGGCAGGCUAUAUGGAAUAUAUACGCCAAGACUCCGACGAGGCAAGUCUUUGGCUGGGUCACUAGCCGCAUGCCUCGUUGGAGUGGCUACCGCUGCCUGGUUCUGGGGUUGGCUAGCUCCCAAGACCGGUCCAUUCCCUGGAGACGAUGACCACCCUUUUAUGUUCAAGGGCAUAUUGCGGCUCCCCGCCGUUAUUUCGAGCGCACUCGGCAUUUCCGAGUCGCAAGGGACUAUUAGUGGCCCCAUCGCCUUGGGCGUAUUGAGCGUGUGGUCGGGCCUGACUGCGGCGGGUAGUGAGGUGAUUGAUCUCUUCGGGUGGGACGAUAAUCUAACAAUUCCCGUGCUCAGUGGCAUCGGAAUAUGGGGGUUUCUCAAGGUUUUUGGAUAAGGGACAAGGCCGGUUAGACAGUGUAGCGCGCCUGCAAGGCUUCGGAUAGGUGUGUUAUUCGGCGUUAUAAAGGGGGGGUGGGCAUUGGUACGCAAAGGCUUGAGGCUAGCCUUGGUAGACAGGUUAUGACUAGGUAGACGCGACGGCAACGGGUACGGCAAUACUCACUCAUCUCUCAUGACACGGACACAUUCUUGAACAUCCAAAACUACAAUACUUCUUGGCGAAUACGAGAAGUUGCGAAAGU